CCUUUGUGUUUGGCCAGUACAGAAGAACGUGGUUUUAUAUCACAACAGUUGAAGUUCCAGAUUCUUCAGUUUUGAAAAAGAGCGUACUUGAAGCAUGGGAGCCCGGUUAAAAUGAUGGAGAGUUAUAUUGCAAUUCUCACAAAGGGGAUAUGUCAGAGUGAAGAAAAUGGCUCCUUCCUUAGCAAGGAUUUUGAUGCUCGAAAGGCAUACCUUGCAGGCUCCAUCAAAGACAUUGUAUCUCAAUUUGGAAUGGAAACUGUUAUAUUACACAUGGCACUGAUGCUGAAAAAACGAGUUGUCGUCUAUCACCCCAAAAUAGAAGCUGUCCAGGCUUUUACCAGGACCCUGCCUGCCCUGGUAUGGCAUCGACAGGACUGGACCAUCCUGCAUUCUUACGUGCAUCUCCAUGCUGAUGAGCUGGAAGCCCUGCAGAUGUGCACAGGCUAUGUCGCUGGGUUUGUAGACCUGGAGGUGAGCAAUCGACUGGAUCUUUAUGAUGUGUUUGUGAACCUGGCAGAGAGCGAGAUCACCAUUGCUCCACUUGUGAAAGAGUCCAUGACGAUGGGCAAACUCCACAAAGAAAUUGGUCAGCUCAUUGUCCAGUCGGCGGAAGACCCCGAUAAGUCAGACAGCCAGGUUAUACAGGAUAUUGCUCUCAAAACAAAAGAAAUCUUCACCAACCUAGCACCAUUUUCGGAAGUUGUGGAUGAUGGAGGAAAGCGAGUCCUCAAUUUGGAGGCAUUAAAGCAAAAACGAUUUCCACCAGCAACGGAAAACUUCCUUUACCAUCUAGCUGCAGCCGAACAAAUGCUGAAAAUCUGACUGAGACAGAAAGUCUCACUGAUGACGGUUAAAAAGUUCUCCUCAUUCUGAAUAUCCAUAACUAUGUAAAAUAACAGAGGAAAUGUUAUAUUUUUUAAUGAUUUAUUGAAAGCAUUGAGAUAUGACCUGAAAAA